UUACCCACAAUCCUCAGCGCGCCUUCAUCAGCAACAGCUCGGAUGUUGCGAUAUAGCUGGCAGCCAGAGAAUGCUGUGGUUGCACCGAUUGGCACCCAGGACUUAAAUUGAUCUCUUUAAUGGGUGGCAUUUUUAGGAAAAGGGGUCACAUUUUCAGCGAGAUUCGAAACAAGACGUUAACCGGAGGUGGACACGGUGGUGGUUUUGCGUUGACGUAAACGACUGGAUAGCGGGCUACUGCAUUCAGCUAAGUAAAAAAAAAUCUGUUUUAUUGUCAGCUGAUGUGAUUAAAUGGCGAAAGGCGCUGCUGCGUGGCGUACAACCGCCACGGCACUCGAGUGAGGAUGGGAAUAGCCGUCGAGGGAGGCUAUUUUACAUUCGGACACAUCGCAAUCCAAGACAUGACAUCGUCAAGAGGAUAACCUGGAUAACCUUACACGAAAUGUCAUAGUGUGUAAGUGGCUAGCAUUGAGGCUAGCUGGGUGCAAAGCUAGUACGCUGUCGUUCACCGUCAGUCUUGUCUGGUGUAAACACACAGCUAAAAGGUGCAUAGCUGCAAGAAAUUACCCAGAGAUGCAAUAGCCUCCUGCUGGUGUAAUACACUUACAUAACAGCUACAGCUUUGACCACCAUCAAUGGGAAAUUUGCCACACGUAAAAAUCUUCAUCAGCAUCAUUAGAACUGAUAUUGGAUGCUGCAAAUAAGCCUGCAUUGCACACAGCAUCUCUACUGUCUGUGAUUGAAGCCACAUUUUUUUUUUUUUUAGUCUUUUAUAAUUUUUUUGUCAGGGACAUACUAUGAGGAAGUUUUUUGACUCCCGCCGGGAGUUGGUCAGCUCUGGACCAGGUUCUGGAGGUGGUGGCAGCAGCUCUGGAUCCAGUCAUGCAGGAGGGAAUUUCAUUGGAAGAAACUUCACUGUCGGGAAGCACCAAGUCACCGUGGAGGAGAUCAUCGCUGAAGGUGGCUUUGCAAUUGUGUUCCUCGUGCGGACAAAUCAGGGCGUGCGCUGUGCCCUGAAGAGGAUGUAUGUCAACAACGAGCACGAUCUGCAGGUGUGCAAGUGCGAGAUUCAAAUAAUGAAAGACCUUGUCGGGCACAAGAACAUUGUGGGUUAUCUGGACUCCAGCAUCACAGCCAUGGGAUCCAGGGAUGUGUGGGAGGUUUUCAUACUGAUGGACUUCUGCAAGGGAGGCCAGGUUGUUAAUUUGAUGAAUCAAAGACUGCAGACCGGCUUCACAGAGGCGGAGGUGCUACAGAUCUUCUGUGACACCUGUGAUGCGGUGUCUCGCUUGCACCAGCGCAAGACGCCCAUCGUCCACAGGGACCUAAAGGUGGAGAACAUCCUCCUGCACGACAAGGGUCAUUAUGUACUGUGCGACUUUGGAAGCGCCACUAACAAGUCCCUGAGUCCGCAGACAGAAGGUGUAGCCGCUGUGGAGGAAGAGAUUAAAAAGUACACCACUUUGUCAUAUCGUGCACCUGAGAUGGUGAACCUCUACAAUAACAAGAUCAUCACCACCAAAGCAGACAUCUGGGCGCUGGGCUGUUUGCUGUACAAGUUGUGCUUCUUCACUCUGCCCUUUGGUGAAAGCCAAGUGGCCAUUUGCGAUGGCAGUUUCACCAUUCCGGACAACUCCCGCUACUCUUACGAUCUCCACUGCCUCAUUCGCUACAUGUUGGAGCCUGACCCAGACAGAAGGCCAGAUAUCUACCAAGUGUCCUACUUCGCCUUUAAACUGGCACAGCGGACCUGCCCGGUUCAGAAUGCCAAGAAUUCGACCAUUCCCUCCAAACUUCCUGAGCCAAUCAAAGCGAGCGAAGCUGCAGCGGCCAAGAAGAGCCAGACCAAGCCCAGACUGACCGAUCCCAUCCCCACCACGGAAACCUCCAUCACGCCUCGCCAGAGGCCCAAAGCGGCUCAUACCCAGCCGACUGCUGGCAUCCUCCCCAUCCAACCUGCUGCCCUUACCCCGCGCAAGCGAGCUAAUCUCACCGGUGUGGCAGCUCAGCCUGUCGGAGUCAGCUUAGACCUGUCACAGCCAGCCGCAGCUCUGCAGUCACAGAAAGUGCAGACGUCCACUCUGCCUCUCAUCCAGUCACAAAACAACGCAAUUCCAGCUGUAGCUGCACAGAAGCAGUCUGCUUCAGGAGCAGACGCUACAGCAGCCAUAGUGACAAACACGUCUAAGCCAGACGUCCAACCACAAGCACAGGCGCCACCUUCCACGGCUCAGCAACAGGCCCCGCCUCCCUCCACGACCAUCGCCACCUCUCAGCAGGUGACGGAGACUCCUUCCAGCCCAGCCGCACCUCAGCGUCCUGCUCGACGCAAGCCGCCCGUACAGACUCAACAGCCUGCCGCUCAGCCGACGCCAAACAAAUCAGCCCCCACUCAGCCAUCAGUGGGCGAGCAGCAGAGUCAGCCAUCGGUCGUCCAGACUGAAAUCAGCCAAAAAGCAGCUGAGACGACCCCGCCUGCUUCCCCAAAGACGGUGGAGGUGCAAAGCCACAAACGCGUCCCAAGCGAUGCCACAGCCAGCACCACCAAUGGAGGCCUGGUGGCUAACUCCUCACAAGGAGCAGACGCAGACGUCGUCCAAUCUCAAGCUGGCUCCGCCCAGUCUGCCCAGGACCAAAGCAAAGGCUCUGAUACCUCCACGGCGCCCACAUGGAACCCAUUUGACGACGAGGGUUUCUCCAACUUCACAGCGGAGGAAGUCAAACCGGAGGAUGCAAAGCCUGCCGACCCGUCCUCAGGGUGCCAGACCCCGUGUGAGGAAUUGAUACCGGGAUUGCAGGCUUCGACUGGGGAUUCCACACCGCAAGACUCUCAAGAUGAAAGACCAUCAGCCAUUGUUGAUGCUGCUGAUUCAGGGGCGGCGUCACUCUUAGUAGUCCCUGAUCCGUUUCACAACCUCGAGCUGUCCAACGCAUCUGAGAAGCUGAUUGAAGGUCUAAAAUCUCCAGACGUGUCUUCACUCCUGCUCCCCGACCUGCUGUCUUUGGCCGAUCCGUUUGGUGGUUCUGUGGAGGAGUCUGCAAAAGACCCCAUUGCUGUAGACUCCUCUUUGUUGGGCUGCUCUCUGAUCUCGGGUCCGUCUGCUGCACCGCCAGCCGCCAGCAGUGCUGCCUCCACAGUGUUAUCCGCCUCCGCCGCUUUAGAUGAUUUCAGUCUGCUGUCUGGAGACUCGGAACAGGCCAAAACAUCAGAUUCGUCUCUCCUCAUCUCAGACUUGGAGCCGCCUCAGCAAGCUGAUGCUGAGGCGGCCACUGAGGACGAGUUUGAUCCCAUCCCGGUGACCGGACGCAAGAACUCCCAAGUUUCAGGAGGCCACUCGCGCAGUAACAGUGGUGGCUCUGAAUCCAGCCUGCCCAGCUUGGCCCGCUCCCUUCUGCUGGUGGACCAGCUCAUCGACUUGUAGGCCGCACCUCCCCUCCUCUCUCCUGCGUAGAAGCUGUAACAGCGGAUUAGAGAGCGGCAUAGCAUAACAUAACAACAAUCAUGUGAUAGGUCGUUUACGACUGUCAUCUUCGUUCAUGUCACCGCCCCCUUCGCCAUGCGCUCCUUUUCCAUUCCUACUCCUCCUCAUCAUCGCCUGACUCCUCUCAUCUCUUCACAUUUCCUCUCAUUGUCCGACAACUAAUAUCAAGCUUAAACUUUUGACUAUUACAGGAUGUAUGAUGCAAACAAUAGGCGAUCAUUGUUGUCAUGUACGAUACAGUAGAUGCAAUUAGUAAUAAUAAGUGGUUGUAGUUCAUUGUGCACAAGUGAAUUUGUCGUCGUUUGCCUUGAUCAAAUUCCCCUCGCCCUUGAUUGUAUUUGCACAUUUUUCAGUUCCAAUUGAAGGUAAAGUUCAUAUUUCUUAAAACGGCAUACAUAUCCAGGCCAAAAGAGGGAAAUGGAGAGUUUUGUUCAAUCAGUUCCAUUAAUUUUUUUUUUGUGUCCCCCUAAACGGAUAAUAAGAGGGGACUAAAUUGUUCCAAACACAUGCCUUGUUCUGCACCUUAGCUUCUCUUGCAAGCAAAAACAAAAAAAGUCCGACCUAAGGCUUGAUCCUUAGCACGGUUUGUAUAUUAGCUUAGCCACAUAUCCUGCUUUUGCUAAGUUAAUGUGAAAGAAACAGUUGUUCUCGUGCCAUGAAGUCACAUGUGAUCUACUGUACUACACCCAAACAAGGGCCAACCAUUCUAUUUUCUGCUAUUAAUAUUAGUAUGUUUAAGGUAAGCAAUAGAUUGUUAUAAGGGGAGUUCUAAAUAGGUUAGCAGUGUGCCAUAUCAAUUAGACAAAAAGCAUGAAAUGCGCUAGAAUAAUAUUAAUAAUAAUAGAAUACUAGAUAUUAAAUACUAUUUAAUAUAAUUUUAUUAUUAUUUAUUACAUUUUAGGAGAUUUUUAUGUCACUGUUUUGGUAAAAGUCCAAUCUGGCAGUUAAUGUGUCCUUGUGAGAAUUUUGUAGGAAAACAUACAAAAAAGUUAUAUUGAUAUUAUAAACGGACAUGUUUUCUAAAUAUCUACAAAAUGGCUGACACGUUGUCCUAAUAAAAAUGGUAUAUUGCCAAAUUUAAGCAUAAUUUGAACUCCCACCUCCAAAAUAUUUGGCAUAUAUUCUGCAACUGUUUUUUUUCACCUUAAUUAUGAUUAUUCAUUUCAAUUCAAAUUUAGUGAAUAUUUGGUUAAUAGACAAUUACAUAUGUAGUCUUUUCAAAUUUUUUUUAAACAAAAAGUCAACAUUGGUUACAUAUGUAGUCUUGAAUAUGUUUUGUUGAAACUGUGAUACCGCUAGAUGGAGCCAGCGUACCACCAGUGGUACUCCUACCACAGUUUGAUGAAUUUUUAGUGCAUCAUAUUACUCUCAACAUGUGAUUGAAAAUGUUAAAAAUGGCCUUCAGUUUGGGCGCUGUUAUGAAUUUUUUUUGCGUUUAUCCACUUGUAUAAUAUAUCUUAAAGUAAUAUGGUAAGGAGAGAAAAAUGUACAAGAUGCCAGGAUGAAUACAUAGUAGUUGCGUGCAGCCGCAUAUUUUGGAUUUUCGAUAAGUCUGAUUCAUGGAGGGGGAAAAAAAAUGUAACAAAUUUGUGCUUUUUGUACUGAAUGCUACUAAAUUCUCACAACACCCGCCUGGGUAUUUAAUAUUGAAUAUCAUCCAUUCCCAUUUGCUUUAACCCAUUCCACAAUAUCCACACAUUCCUCCCCAUUCGUGUAAAUACCGUCGACACCCCCCUCCCCCCACCCCUGUGUAAAUAAUGACAUCCCAUGUCAUAUAGCUUUACUUGUGGAUAUUAUACAUAUAUGAUAUAUACAGUAUAUAUAUGACUUUGUUUCCUUGUCCAUAAAUGUUAAUAUGAAUAGAGUGUUAGAGAAUGAAUGUAAGAAAUGAAUAUUAGUCCAAAUAUCUAUAAUGACGUAUAUCCAUCAGAUACUAUUGAAAGAAUAUAUGAAUAUUUCAUUCUUCUUUGUGGGAUCUGUGUUGGGAAAAGUUGUUUUUGUUUUGUUGUUUUUCCCCCCCACCCCUCCUCUCUCGUCGGUACUUUGAUGAUAACGCCGCCCCUUUGCAUGUAGAAAGGUUAUUAUGUGGAGCGUAUUUAAUUGAAUUGGAGGGUGCUGAUUGCAAAAUAGUGCUAAAUAUGAAAAAGAAAUGCAGCAGAGCUCUACCAUGUAGCAAAAUAGUAUAAAUAUAUAGUCAUCUUUUAUUGGAUACAACACUGCCAUUAAGUUUUAGAAUUGAACAUUUUGGCAUUAUAGAUAAAACUGUAUUGGCAUUGGAAAACAUUCACACUUGGUUAGAUCCCCAUUCUUGAAUUCUGAUACUUUUGUUUGCUUUUAUACGCAGCCAUGCCAAAAGAAUAUCAGCAAAUGUAGCUAGUAGAAUAUCAGUGAAACGUAGCCGUCUCCACACAUGCAGUGCCGCACGCACACAACACAAAAGUCAUAACAUUGCACAUGACUUUUGGGUGACUAUAAUAACAUUGUUGAUUUUAUAUGAGGCUGUAAUAAACUUCUUUUUGUGCGUCCAUGAACGCACCAGGCAAAUUUGCUGCAUUUGCUGAUAUUCUUCUCGCCUGUAUGUGCUGACAACGGUAAAGCACAGAUAUGGCGCGUGGAUUGGAAGUGUCCAGAAGCGGUGUCGGCAAAUUUCGAUAUCCGGGUUACGCUGGUAUCGGAAGCCGACCCCGAUACUGGAUGGGAGUUUCUUCCAGGAAGUUGACAUUGAAUUAUUAUAAGAAACAUUGCAAAGAUUAGUUAUCAAUACCUGUGUUUUUAUGUUUACUAUUUUAUUUUUAUUUGUUUGCAUAUUCUCAGUGGCACGGCGGUCGAGUGGUUAGCGCGCAGACCUCACAGCUAGGAGACCGGGGUUCAAUUCCGCCCUCGGCCAUAUCUCUGUGUGGAGUUUGCAUGUUCUCCCCGUGCAUGCGUGGGUUUUCUCCGGGUACUCCGGUUUCCUCCCAUAUUCCAAACACAUGCUAGGUUAAUUAGCGACUCCAAAUUGUCCGUGAUUGUGAAUGGUUGUUUGUCUAUAUGUGCCCUGUGAUUGGCUGGCGACCAGGGUGUAUCCCGCCCCUCGCCCGAAGACAGCUGGGAUAGGCUCCAGCACCCCCAUCGACCCUUGUGAGGAAAAUGAAUGAAUUAAUUUUUAUUUGUUUACAUAUUCUCAGUACUAACGCUUAAUGGCAGCGUCCCAACGUUAUUUGUGGAAGUCACACAUCGGUGAACAAAAGGCACACUUAGUCCUCCAUGAAGUUGUAACGCUCUGCUGUGGUGAUAUGAGACUGUAAUUCAUCACGUAUGUGGUUAUGAUGACAUCAGCACCCUCAUGGUGACUUCUAAUCAUGCAAGGCGGUGUGAGAUGUUUUUAAUCUUAGACGAGACGCUCCACUUCCUCCACCCUUUGUACAAAGUGUUUUCGUGCGUUUACAUGGACUGAUAUGAAGGACUAUAUUUUUAUUCCAAGAAGUUUUUCUCGCCAGUGUGUGUUGGUUUGUGUCAUUCCCCUACCGUCGUUAUAUGCCGCCGGGGCUUUCUUUGUAAAGCUUUUGUUUCUGCUUCGCGGUUAUGCCACACAGUUCUCAUGGAAAAGCAUGACGGUGUCCUUGGUUGUUUGUGUAGGUGUCUUUAGUGUGUAUGAAUGUACAUGAAUGUCUGAAUUGUGCGAUGUGUAUUCCAGUAAAUCCUGAUGUGUUGUUGUUUUUGCUGCAAAAUGUGGUCGGUGGCGGCGGCGACUCCUGAAAGCACAGCGUUGUCUCAGGUUGGAGCUACUGUGAGAAUCACACGGCUUUGUUGCCUCCAUCGCUUGCUUCCUUUUGGAAAUAAUAAUGAAGUACAUGGCAAGGUGAUGCUAAAUAAUCAGCAAUAUCAACUUUUUUUUUUUUGCUUAUUCGAGAUACGGGACUCCUUUUUAAAAGUAACAAUAACCGGAAAUGCAUUUUGCUUGAGGUAAAGAAGAAGAAGUAAUUCUACUUUUGUCCCGUAUUCUGAACACUUGAGUCAUUUGCAGGUUGAACCUAUGCAACUCCCAAGCUUGGCGCUAAAAGCAAGCAAGCAAGCAAACAAACAGGCGGGUAGUGCAAUCUACUGUACAAGAAGGAGGAAGCCCCAUCCUAUAGGAAACUGUUGACGACGACACUGAUACUGAUACUAGCAACGUGUUUUUUCUCAAGCCUCUCAUUGUGUUCAUGGUCCCAAACCUGCGUCAAGAGCUGUGGUUGAUCUUGUGCUCCUUCUAUUUUUGUGACAUCAUUCUUGAAAGGGAUGGCAAAUAAAAUACAAACGUCAAUGUCAGCGUCUCGACUGCUUGAUUAAGUCGCUAAAAUACACCAAAAAAAAAGUACAGAACAAUGCUGUACGUUAUCAGCAGUUUGUCAUGCGUGCAUGGACAGCACCAGUCAAAGGUUUGAAAACACUUCCUCAUUAGAUGGUUGCCAAAGUGACUACAAACCUCUAUAGAUUUUAAAACAUGUUAUAAAUAAUGAAACAAUUAUCAUCUGUAUUAGAAAUAUAUCAUUUUUUAUGUGGAAGUAAUUCAUCAUUAUUAAUUGUCUUUACAACUGCAUUCAUCAUUGACUAAAAGCGGGGUGCGGUACCCCGCCUCUCGCCCCAAGUCAGCUGGGAUAGGCUCCAGCAUACGCCCACGACCCUAAUGAGGAUAAGCGGCGUAGAAAAUGGAUGAAUGGGUGUGCACAAACUCACCUACAGGGGCUGCACGGCGGUCAUGUGGUUAGCGCGCAGACCUCACAGGUAGGGUUCAAUUCCACCCUCGGCCAUCUCUGUGUGGAGUUUGCAUGUUCUCCCCGUGCAUGCGUGGGUUUUCUCCGGGUACUCCGGUUUCCUCCCACAUUCCAAAAACAUGCUAGGUUAAUUGGUGACUCCAAAUUGUCCAUAGGUAUGAAUGUGAGUGUGAAUGGUUGUUUGUCUAUAUGUGCCCUGUGAUUGGCUGGCCACCAGUCCAGGGUGUACCCCGCCUCUCGCCCUGAAGACAGCUGGGAUAGGCUCCAGCACCCCCCGCGACCCUCGUGAGGAUAAGCGGUAGAAAAUG